AGCACUGCAAAACAAACGUAAAUAAACCGCUGGAGAGAGAGGAGUUGAAAGUGUUUGUUUUAUUUUAUUUAAUUUAUUUUUAUAGCCGAUGCAGCCUUUUAUUGUUGUGCGAAACUAUCGGGAAGAUGACGAGCUUAAGUGCCAGGAAUUGGUGCGGGAUUACAUAAUGUCCUUCUCAAACAAGUCAUUUUUUGUGUUCUGCUUCCGAGAGAUCACAUUCCAGUUCAUAGUCAUAACAUGGGCAGUGUUUUUCAUAUUUCUGGGUGUGCCUCUGCUCUUCUGUGCCCUCACGGUGCCCGGCUGUAUUUUUUUUCUCUUCACCAGCACCUAUUUUUCUUUUUACGCCAAAGCUGUGGAACUCAUGAGGACCAAGCCUUCGCAGUCGUUGGUGGCCGAGUGUUAUGAGCCCUUUAUAUUCCGCUGCUCCCCCAAGGAGGCGAGUUACCAAAUAUUCAUAGAAAACUGCCCAUAUGACGAGACGUAUAAAAACAAGUUCCGCCGUAGGAUCGUAGCCGCAAUCAGUGUGAAAAACCAUCAUGCUGUUUACAACGCAGCCUGGAUCUAUCGUUUCGCCAUAGCCCAGGACUAUCCGCACCAGAAGAUUAUGGAGCCCAUGAUCAAGAUUCUGGCGAAGAACUGUGUGAGCGGUGGCUAUGCCUCACUGGAAGCCACCAUAUCCGAGUGGCAGGAGAGCGAGCGUGACUUCUACGACGAUUUUGGAUUUGUGACGCGGCAGAUCUACCACAAGAAGAUUGUCGGAAGCAGUCUUUCGGUAAUGAAAACGCAGUUAACCUACAGUCUGCGAAACGACGAGGCUCUCCACAAGCAAAACUAGGGCAAGACGAAUGGUGCAAUAUUGAAAAUCUCCAAAUUCUGUGAAAUCUAGUUUAAUAGUAAUGUAUUUAUCUGUGAAUCUAACAUUCCAGUCACGUAUUGCGUCCCAAACACAAAUCACACCGAACUCAAGCCUAGAUGGUGUUUCUCAUUUAAGUACUUUUGAGUAAGUUAAGCGAAAGUUAUAUAUUAAAGAUUUCUUAAUCUUACGAAUCUCCGCGAAACACCAUCUUUGCUUUUUGGCUUUUUGUUGAUUGCCUUUCUAAAUGUUGAAUUAAUUGUAACACAAAAUGACACGUUGAAACAGCUUUGUCCUGAUUUAUUAU